UCUUUGUGCAGCUGCAGCGGCGACUCCGGGAAGAUGGCGGCCCGGGCGGGUUUCCAGUCUGUGGCUCCGAGCGGCGGCGCCGGAGCCUCAGGAGGGGCGGGCGUGGCGGCUGCUCUGGGCCCGGGCGGAACUCCCGGGCCUCCCGUGCGAAUGGGCCCGGCGCCGGGUCAAGGGCUGUACCGCUCCCCGAUGCCCGGGGCGGCCUAUCCGAGACCAGGUAUGCUGCCAGGCAGCCGAAUGACACCUCAGGGACCUUCCAUGGGACCUCCUGGCUAUGGGGGGAACCCUUCAGUCCGACCUGGCCUGGCCCAGUCAGGGAUGGACCAGUCCCGCAAGAGACCUGCACCUCAACAGAUCCAGCAGGUCCAGCAGCAGGCGGUCCAGAAUCGAAAUCACAAUGCAAAGAAAAAGAAGAUGGCUGACAAAAUCCUACCUCAGAGGAUUCGGGAAUUGGUACCAGAAUCACAGGCCUAUAUGGAUCUCCUGGCUUUUGAAAGGAAACUGGACCAGACUAUUAUGAGGAAACGGCUAGAUAUCCAGGAGGCCUUGAAACGUCCCAUCAAGCAAAAACGGAAGCUGCGGAUUUUCAUUUCCAACACUUUCAAUCCGGCUAAGUCAGAUGCUGAAGAUGGGGAAGGGACGGUGGCUUCCUGGGAGCUUCGGGUAGAAGGACGGCUCCUGGAGGAUUCAGCCUUGUCCAAAUACGAUGCCACCAAGCAAAAGAGAAAGUUCUCUUCCUUUUUUAAGUCCUUGGUGAUCGAACUGGACAAAGACCUCUAUGGGCCAGACAACCAUCUGGUAGAAUGGCACAGGACCGCCACUACCCAGGAGACUGAUGGCUUCCAGGUGAAGCGACCAGGAGAUGUGAAUGUACGUUGUACUGUUCUACUGAUGCUGGAUUACCAGCCCCCCCAGUUUAAAUUAGACCCUCGUCUGGCUCGGCUCUUGGGCAUCCAUACCCAGACACGUCCAGUGAUCAUCCAAGCACUGUGGCAAUAUAUUAAAACACAUAAGCUCCAGGACCCUCACGAGCGAGAGUUUGUCAUCUGUGACAAGUACCUCCAGCAGAUCUUCGAAUCUCAGCGGAUGAAGUUUUCAGAGAUCCCUCAGCGGCUCCAUGCCUUGCUUAUGCCACCAGAACCUAUCAUCAUUAAUCACGUCAUCAGUGUUGAUCCAAAUGACCAGAAAAAGACAGCUUGUUAUGACAUUGAUGUGGAAGUAGAUGACACUUUGAAGACCCAGAUGAAUUCUUUUCUGCUGUCCACGGCCAGCCAGCAGGAGAUCGCUACUCUAGACAACAAGAUCCAUGAGACAAUAGAAACUAUCAACCAGCUGAAGACCCAGCGAGAGUUCAUGCUGAGCUUUGCCCGAGACCCUCAGGGUUUCAUCAAUGAUUGGCUUCAGUCCCAAUGCCGGGACCUCAAGACUAUGACUGACGUGGUGGGCAACCCAGAAGAAGAGCGCCGUGCUGAGUUCUACUUCCAGCCUUGGGCUCAGGAGGCCGUGUGCCGAUACUUCUACUCUAAGGUGCAGCAGAGGCGGCAAGAAUUAGAGCAAGCCCUAGGAAUCCGGAAUACAUAGUAGAACCCUCACUGGCUGCUCCGAUUCUGUUUGGGCUCCGUGCUGCUGCCUCAGCGUGCAGCAGCUGGUCUUGUGACCUGUGCUGGUCUUGCUUGAGGCAUUCCAGGAGAUGCUGUUGGCUCAAGGACAGCAUCACAAUGAAGAGGGUGUCACAUUUCUGUUUCACAGGCACCUGUUAUCCUCUUCUUCACCCCAGCCUUCCCCCUCACCCUCUCCCCACUUAAGUUCCCAUGUGCCUCUACCUCCCUACCCCAUCCCUGGUCUACACAGGACCUCUAGAUAGUGUUAGAGAACCCAUAGUGGUGAUCAAUGCUCUGAAAUGACUGGGGCCUCUUGAGGCCAGCUGGUCUUCAGGGAGACCAGCUACACUGAUCCUGCCUUUGUGAGGAGACCCAGGCGUUGGGAGCUGUCCCAUCCUCUGAGACUCAGGCCUAGGGCACUCUGUAAGCUAGUUGACCUUAACCCUCCUGGUGACCCACCUUCGUCCCUCCCCUCCACAGGUUGGAGCAGAUUCUCUCUUUAUUCCUUGCCCUCUGGCACUAAAGAAACCCAGGCCCUUGGGCUUCACUGAGCGCCAUGUCAGUCCCUGCCCCCUGGACUGGCCUGCUGUCUCAGUGCUGUCUGACCCCUUAGUGGGUCCAUGUCAGUAUUGGAGUGUGUUUUGAACUGUUGCUCCCUCCUGCACACUCCCGUAGCCACCCGUUACAGGAUUUCCCCACAUCUGCCCUAAACCAUGGCGUUUGAGAGGGGAGUCUUGCCUUUCCCUGUCGGAGCCCCAGGGACCGAAGCUGGGGUGCUGUUGUUCCCAGCAGAGGCUGUUCCUUCCUGCUGUUGGAUGAGUGGCUUGUUCAUUCACUCCGCCCUGCCCCUCCCUUAAAUGGAGAAACAGGCCUAAAAUCAAACGGGUAUAGCCCUAGGCCAUUCCUGUCUUCCUGUCCCUUGUCUGCCCAGUUGAAACCCGCUGCUGGUUUCUAGGGCACUGAGGAGUAAAUGCGCCUAGGGCUGGAGCAUAGGUCUGAAAUGGGUUUGUGACUCCCCACCCCCUGCCCUCAAAGCUUCAGCCCCCUCAGGUAGCCGCAGGAAAGUGGGAUCCUGGCCCCUUGGAACAGGUGGUUUUGCAUCUUUCCAGGGGAGCCUCGGGUUCUUCCAGGCUUUAUCGCCCAGAGUUAGCAUAUCCCAGGCUCGCAGACAACACUGCAAGGUGGGAGACAGCUGGGCACGGGAUUCCGUUGAGCAUGGGCUCUGAACUCACAGAACUGACAAAGCCCCUGCUUUCCCACUCCACCUCAGGCUUCUGCGAGCAGUGUUCCUGCCCCCUUUCCCUGCCUGUUCUGUACUGGGACAGCAGUUUUCUCUACCACUUCCCCUUGUCCUCUACCCCUCCUCUUGGAAGGUUCUCCCCACAGUGACACUGGACGACCCUGGGGCAGCUGAACCCCAGCCUGGCUCCUGGCUAGAAACGUCAUGAGCACUCCUACAGUGUCCCUGUUGAUGACUGUUUAUUAACUGAGUUGUGGGGGGUUUGUUUGUUUUGUUUUGUUUUGUUUUUCAUGGACCAAAAUUUUUUUUGUAUUGUCUCCUUAUUGAUGUCACCAGUUUUAAUAAAAGUCUCUUCUGAA